GAUUAUUCUGCUUUUAUUUUCAGAGUUUUGAUCAUUUUUGUCGUCUGACGGCUCGUGUUGUCAGAUCUCAGCUCUUCACCUGGAGGAAACUAGUUGAGCAACUGUAUUUGCUUUCUCAAACAUUAGAGGAGACCUGCCCUAACAGACACACACACACACACACACACACACACACACACACUCAGGUACCUCCCAUCAUACUGUUAGACAGAAAACACACACUGCAGUUAGUUUUCAACUGUCGAAGAGAGCAGACAGAAGAGAGCAGAGAAGACGAUUUCAGAAAGACACGAUGUAGGAGAGCAGACAGGUGAACAGUCGGACAGGUGAGCAGACAGACAGGUGAACAGUCGGACAGGUGAGCAGACAGACAGGUGAACAGGUAUCGGGAUCAUCAUGUCCAUCACUGUGAAUCUGAAGAAGAUCUCCAACCUGCCGGGACGGUGUGACAGAAAGGUCGAACUCUGCUUCAGAGGUUUCACCCAUAAAACCAGAGCCCUGCAGUGUGAGAACUUGGCCGUCUUCAAUGAGCAUUUCCGUUGGCCUCACUACGGUAAAGUGGUCAGAGAUGAAGUUUUGUCCAUCAGCGUUUACAACUGCAGCAAAGUCUUCUCUAACAGACUUCUUGGCAAGCUGGUCGUCAGUCUCCAGCAUGUUGUUACUGCAGGGAGGCUGUUGCUACGGGAACCGCUCACUGAUGGCAACUACAGCCUGACUGAUAUCUACAUUGAGUUGGACAUUCGGUAUCAUCCGGUUGAGGGAACAGCAGGAGGCUGGGAGGGACAAGACUUCCUGAAAGUCGAAGACAAAGAUGACUCAGCUCUGGUCAUCAGGAAUGAUGGAUUUGAUGAUCCUGAAAGUCAGCUGACCGUCACUCGCCCAGGUCAGCUGGACAAAGAGGUUCGGCGUCUGGGGCGGAGCCUGGUCCGGACUGGGGAUGAGGAUGAAGAUGAGGACGAUGAUGAUUUCGAUGAUGAUGACCUGAUGGACUUGGAGGCCUCUGACAUCAUCUUUACUCCUCUGCUGAGUCGUUUCAGGCCGAUGUCCAGAAAUGUUGCUGCAGGGACGCCCAGAGUCCAAAGCUUUCAGACACAUCUCUGGCUCUGGUUGUACAAAGACCGCACGUGGCAGCGCUCCGACCACACUGCCCUCCUGCAGCCGCCUCCACAAAACACAGCGACUGCGGCUUCCAGCGGAAUGAUGGAUGAGUCAGGGGAAGCGGGAGUUGAGGUGCCGGAGGCCGUGACCGUGGAGGUCGAGGAGAUCCACCCGCUCCCCGAGGGUUUCUUGGGACAAAGGGAGGAGUUUCUGUUGUUUGCGUCUCUGUUUGAAGUCACCAUGAUGGACCCGUCUGUAGGAACCAGACCAGUGGCCUUUGAACUCUCCAUAGGGAAUAACGGAAAGGCCGUGGGUGUCGGGAGAUCCAAGAAGAGCCAGAGCAGAGAGGAGCUGAGGAGGAGCAGAGAGGAGCUGAGAAGGAGCAGGGAGGAGCUGAAUGAGGAGGUGCAGGGUCUGCUGGAGUCAGAGGAGGAGCUGGACAGAGAGGAGGUGCUGAGUCCCGAACCUGAGAUCAGAUCUGUGACGGCUGCUACGAGACCUCAACCCACCGAAUACGACAGGUCGUUUCAGUGUAUUCCUCUCCAGCCUCCCUCUGAGAAACAGAAGCCAUGUCUGUUCAUCUGGAGUCAGUUUGAAGAUCACAGCUUUCGUCUUUAUCAGGCGAACUGGCUGAGCAAAACGGCCGACAGGCUGGAGAUUGGCCUCGAUGAGGUGGAGCGUCUGAUGAGGAGACCGAAGAGUAACGCAAAGGAGCGUUUGGUGGAGGUGCUGCUGGAGCUGGUGGCCUCCUGCAAACAGUUUAACGUCAUCGCAGACAGGAGGUCUCAGUCCCGUCCCAACAACCUGGACAGAUGCAGGAAGGAGUUUAUCAAGAAGAAUUUGGUCUUUGUGGCCAGACAGGCCGUGAGAGCACGGCGGAGGAUCACCAGGCGGACCACCAAGCAGCGGUUGAUGGAGGGCAGGAAACUCCUACGGAAACUCCGCCUACUUGCGAAAGAGCCCCAGACUACCCUCCCGGAUGCGUUUCUAUGGUUGCUGAGUGGAAGCAAGCGAUUGGCUUACGUCAGGAUCCCUGCCUACUCUAUCCUCUUCUCAUUGGUGGAGGAGCAGAGGGGGCGGGACUGUGGCCGUUUGACCACCUUGUACAUGAAGUCUCCAGGGAGUUCAGCCAGUGAGAUCUUUGCGAAGCUGGAGGUGUACCUUUGGCUCGGUCUGGCCAAGUACAGUAAAGAAGCCACCGGCUGCUUACCGGAUGAGUUUAUGCCGGUCUACGAGGAGGAGGAGGAGGAGAGGAGGCUGGUCCCCGCGGGGAGGAGGAAGCUUCCUGUCAGUCUGUCCUGUCAGGACAGCAGGUACUUCCAGCUACGAUGUCACCUGUACCAGGGGCGUGGCCUGAUGGCUGCUGAUGAUAACGGCCUAUCAGAUCCUUUCCUUAAGGUCGUCUUCUCGACACAGUGCCAGGUUACCCGGGUGUUGUAUGAGACUCUGUCUCCGGCCUGGUGCGAGUGUUUGUUGUUUGACAGAGUUCUUCUGGAGGGAACGAGGGAGGAGCUCCAACAAGACCCGCCCCUCAUCACCAUCACCGUCUACGACCACAACUCCAUGGGUGUUAUUAGGUCUCUGGGUCGGGCGUUUGCCGAGCCGGAGAUCAAAUCUGUGGAGCAGUACUACCAGAAGCCCCGCCUCCGUUUCUAUGACAUCAGCAUGGGCAGAGUGCCUGCUGGCGAGCUGCUUGCCGCCUUCGAGCUCAUCGAGCUGGACUACUCUGGGUUUGGAGAGCCCUGCAUCCCCAGCAGUGUGGACCCUCAAGAGCUGACCUACCUGGAGGAGCAGAGCUGUUACAUCAUCCCAGAGGGAGUCCGCCCUGUUCUGAGGACCUUCAGGAUCGAGGUGCUGUUCUGGGGUCUGCGGGAUCUGAAGCGGGUGCAGCUGUUUGAGGUGGAGCGUCCCAAAGUGAUGGUGGAGUGUGCAGGACAACAGCUGGAGUCUGAAGAGAUGGAGAGCUACAGCACUCACUCCAACUUCAAAGAGCUGGUCCUCUACAUGGACGUGGAGCUGCCGGAGCAGGCCUACCUUCACCCUCCUCUGACGGUGUUUGUGGUAGAGCAUCGGGCGUUUGGUCGGCUCGCUCUGGUCGGGACCCACGUGGUCCAGAGCCUCAUGGACUAUGGGCCACACAAGCUCGGGGAGGAGGAAGAUGAUGAAGAUGACGAGCCAAAACCAAAAGUGAAGCAGAACACAAAGAAGACCGACACUCUGAUGUCAAUGAAGCGGAUGGGACUCAGCGGCCUGUCAGUCGCACAGUCGAAGAUUCCCAUCAACCCCAUCAAGCUGGUUAAUGCUCCUCUGAAGAAGCUGAUAAAAGGUGGUGAGGACCUCGAGGAGGAGCCGCCUGAGAAGGAGGAGCUGGAUUGGUGGUCCAAAUAUUACGCUUCACUGGAGGAGAUGGAGAAACAGGCUGCAGAGGCGGAGAUGGAGGAGAUGGAAGAACAUGCAGAGACAGUCUUUGUGCUUAAACACAUCCUGGAACUCUCUCUGUACUGGACAAAGAUGAAACUGGCACCCAUCUUCUCAUCUGACUCUGGAAAAGACUGA